AUUAAUGGAUUGUGUCCCAGUAAGAGACUGGUCCACCCAGACAGGGUUACAUAACCUCAGCCGGACUCUUGAGGAUCAGACUUUACGACAGGCCGUCAGGAGAAACCGCCUCAGACAGACAGCAGACCGAUGGCUGCCGUCCUCCUGUGUUUAAUACAUUAGAAGUUGUUUUUAUUUACUGCAGAUUUAGCGGACUGGUGCUAUGUCUUCAGGAAUGACCGGGCAAACACCGUAAGAUUAUAAUUUUUUAAUUUUUAAGGUAUUAAUUUUAGUUUAAUAUGACUGAGAUGAGAGUAAAACAACCACAGAGGUUAGCUUUAGCACACGCUAGCAUACACGAUCGUGGCCUGCUAACAUAUGUUUAGCUUGUUGGGCAUUAUUUGUACAUUAGGAGUCAACUUAACUUUGCAUACUUGUAUUUAAGUUACAAUACGUUUGAAAAAUUUAUUUUUCAAAGUGGUCAUAUCGUAAAAUAAUUGAAAUAUGUGGUGAAAGAGCUUCAUGCUUUCCGUAAACUACAGUGAGCUAACAGCUAAAUGUAGCUGUUGUUAGCGUAGCCGAUUGCAAACAGCUACGAAAACUAAACUCAACUUGGACGAGUAAUAAAAUGUUUAUAUGUUUUAAUUUCAUCUAAGUAGUAUAGAAGUUUUCCUAAAUGACAGUUUUAUCGAGUUAUGCGACUGUUUUAUACUUACACAUGAUUCAUGUUACCGCUUUAUUAAACAGUGAUCUCUGCUGGUAUUUGAUACGGUCAGGGAUAAGUCCUUUUAGUUUAGCUUAAAUUAGUGAUCUUUGAGUGUGAAACUGUUCCAACAAAACCACUCAAGGAUAGUAGAGGGUGUUUGGCGCUAAUCCUCCGUGUUCAGCCCCUUAUUCACUUAACCUACCUCAGAUUAUAAGGGCCAAGACCUGAUGGGAUAGUCUUCUUCAUUCACAGCCCCACAGUCAAACCCAUUCAUGUCUCUUUUAGUUACCUUUACACAAGUUUAGGUUAUGAUCUUAGGCAAACAAAGCCAUCAUGAAGUAGAUUACUUUUUUCUUUCUGGAGUUUUAUUUUACGCCUGCAGAAGGAGCUUUUGUAAACAUUUCUUUAUUUCUUUCUUCUUUAGUUAUCUCAAAUUUUAAAAACAACAAAAACACAGAACAAAAUAAUACAUAUGUACACCAAACAACUGUACAUGUCAAAGACAAAUUUACACAACAAAUGUAUGUCAAAAUAAACAGUUUGAGAGGGAACAGAAUGAAGCAAAGAGCUUAUCUAGUCCUGCCCCUUCUUUGCAAAUUAGUAUAAAUGACAAAGAUCUGUAUAAAAACCUACUUAUUAUACACAAAGAUAUCUGCUCAACACUACAUAUGUUACUCAUUAUCACUAUUUUCAUAUUAUAGUAAUAACCAGUGGUAUAAUAUUCAGAAUUAAUGUUAAUUCUAUGCAAUCAAGUAUAUUUAGUAUAAAACAAAAAUUUUUGGUAGUUUACUUACAUGAAUCUUUUAAGUGAUAUCCAGGCUGUUCCAGAGUUUAACACCACAAACAAAAAUGCACAUACUCUCAGAGUUGUUCCACCUCAAAGAAUCAGACUAAUAAAAAAGACUUUUUUUUUUUUUUUUAAGUAAACUUUGCUUAUGCAUGCACAUGACAUGGUCAGCAGAGAGAUGAGAGAUAUUGCUCUAUUCACAGGAGCACCAACCAAGCCCCUCACUCUUCCAAGUAACUUUGACCUUUGCAUUAUCUUGCUAACCCUGGUUGAUUAAAUUCAAGCACUAAUUAUUUUUCGUUUUUAUUUUAGGUGCCUAUCAAGCCGAUGGGAUCAGCCAGCGCAACCUAAACAGAAUGUAGAUAUGAGGCAGCAGCAGCAGAGCAGUGAAAAUGCAGCCCACCCUGUCUCCUUACCUGGGGUUGCUUCAAACAGCAGUGUUCCUCCUCCAGGUGAAAAGCCCGCGCCUCCUGGAGGAGUUGAAAUGGCUGCAGCCAUGGCUGCUAAAAUAAACGCCAUGUUAAUGGCAAAAGGAAAACUAUUGACGCCUCCACCCUUACUUGCAAAGGUACGCGUUAUUUACAAACUGUAAAACAUCAGUCCAAAGUGUCUGUUAGUUAUUCUGGGCUUACAGGUUCCUUUUUUGUUUCUUUUAGACUCCUUCAAGUGUGCCUGCACCAGCUGUAACAGAGGAGAUGGUGGUCACAGAGGUUGAUAUAAACGAUGUACCACUCAAUUGCAGGGACCUUUUGACAAAAGGAAAAACACAGGAAGAGGUAAGUGGCAGCAUUGUUUUUGGUAUGUAGGAAGUGAUCAAAUGUAGGAAAGCCGUUAACAGCUUUAAAUAAACAUUUUCUAAGUAUCCCUCUAAUGUCUUAAUCCAAUUUCCUUUGACCCUUUUCAGAUCAGGCAGUUUAGUGGCGCAGUUGUCUCAACAAAAGGUCAUUAUAUAUCUGAAGCUGACAGGGGAAAAGGAGGAGGGUAAGCUCUUUCAUUUUGACUUGAUGAGAGAUUUUGGCUCUGGCAAAGAAAAAAUCUGUUUGUUUUUUUUCCUACAAGAGUACAAAAGUUCUGAAGGGUCCGUAACUCUUGAUUUUCUUUGUUUCUAGACAAAGACCUUUGUACCUGCAUGUCCAGGGCAAAACCCAAGAUCAGGUUAACAGUAAGUGGUGCAUUUUAAUCUAUUUAAUUUUUAAUUUCUUUCUUGGUUUAAUCCAACCUUCUGAUCUUUUCAGCAUUUUUUAAUGCACCAACUUUGUCUGACUUUUUUCCAUCAUCAGAAGCUGUGCUAAGAAUAAAAGAGAUCAUCUCUGAGGAUGUGCUGAGGGCCUCUGCAGCAUCAGGAGGACAACAGGUGCCCAUUAUGCCUCCUCUCACACUCUACCCUCAGCCUCCUCGCCCUGUCAUCCCCCCAUCAGUGCCCGGGAUGCCCAACAGCAACACAGUGCCAGGCCAGGGGCAUCGGCCCGCAGCUCCACAUUCAGGGGUAGGCUGAUAUGACAUCUCAGUUAAAUUUGACUGCAAUGAAACUGAAACUGAGAGUUUUAUUCAAAGAUGAUGCAAAUAGAAAAGAAAGAAAAGAAAUUAGAAAAGCAGCUCAGAUAUCUGUUACAUUGACCUUUGGUAGUUUCUUGUUGAGUCAGGAUGAGGAUUUAACUCAUGGAGGUUAAGAAAGUGAGGCAAAUGAAGACCAUGUUGCCUUCACUGAUACCCACCUCCCAAAUGAAGUAGCAGAGAGAACAUCCUUGUCUACAGGCAAAAGCCUUGGAUUGCUGCAUCUGCUUACAAAGCCGCUCUGACUCUACAUGUGUGUGCGAAAAUCUUCUAAAUGUUCAAGGUAACAUGGCGAAUUAUCUUUUUUCUUUACCCUCAGAGUUUUGUGCACACCAAGAUUUUUGUGGGACUAGACCAGGCAUUGCCCUCAUUCAAUGUGAACGAAAAAGUCGAGGGUCCUGGGGGGACGUACCUGAGUCACAUCCAGACAGAGACGGGGGCUCGGGUCUUUCUCAGGGGAAAAGGUUCUGGAUAUAUUGAACAAGCGUCAAAGCGGGAGUCCUUUGAGCCUCUUUAUGUCUACAUCAGGUAUGUUAAAAAUGUUCACCUUUCAGCAGACUCUCAUAGGAUUUCGAGUGUGUAUCUUUCUUUGGCAGCCUUUUUAGUCAGCUGUUAAAGUUGAGAGUUCAGAAAGUGAAAUAAUAGCUACGCACAGCCAAAAAAUGUCUGUGUGUCUCCCUCCAACUGUCUCCUCUGCAAGGAUUUGGCAAGGAUUUUUCUCAGUCCUAAUAGAACAUAACUGAACAUGCUUUGAAUAAAGAAUACAGUUUUCAGAAUGAAUUUAUUCUGAUCUCAGUUUUGGUUUAAGUCUUUUUCUUUUUUCAGUCCUUAGUCAACUCUCCGUCUUAAUUUCAUCAUAUUUAACAAACUGCCCUUUGUGUUACAGCCACCCCAAUGCAUCAGGAUUAGAAGCAGCGAAGAAACUCACAGAGAGUCUGCUGGAAACUGUAAGUCCAUGAAGUCUUAGUAUAAAUAAAGUGUUGGAAUAUGAAUGAAAUGAAUAUGAAGGGAGGUUUAAGAAGGUGAGACUAUCAAGGCAUAUAGUUUUUCACUGAUACCCGCCUCCUAAAGUGAAAGUGGUAGCGCGAACCACCUGAUCUCCAGGAAUAGGUUUAGAGUGCCCUGCACCUACCGACAAUGCAACUGAAAUGUACAGUUGAAGAAAUGCAGUUAAAGAUGGCAUGGACUUGUAGGUAGGCAUCAAGCGUCUCACAUUGUGUUUCUUCUCUCAUUCUGCAGGUGAGAGCUGAACAUGCCCGCAUGGUGUCCAUGUACACAGCCACAGGAUCAACCCAAUGUAAGUAUUCUUUAUCAACCUGUAACCCACUUGAGAGAAACCGCCAUGGGUGCUCUGACUUAGUUUUUGAUAAAUAACACCAACAAGCAGCCAGUGACCCUCUUAGAAGUCAAAUACACGGUCCACAUAAAUUCCUGUCUACAUACAGCCACAAAAACUCGGAUAAACCCUGGCCUUACAAGCUGCUGGCUCAUGGGUUUGUCUGCAAGACACAGAGUGGACUCUAAAUGCACGUCUUGUAUCUCAGCUUGUAACAGUAGUUGAGAUUCUGGUUAGUCCGUAUUUAUGCUCCUGAAACAAAAUAGAAUAUCUUCAAAUUCUGCAUCAUAUUCACAAGGUGAGACACGUUUACACGGUCUGAUACUAAAGAUCUAAUUAGAAAGUGCUUUUGACGUGGUCUUCUUUAUUUGUAACCUGCCUUUUAAAGGUACUGUGUGUGUGGAGAGGGAAUAUUCAGCAGCAUCUGCAAUGACCAGAUCUUAUAUUGAAACACAACCUUGCUCACUCUUCCUGUCAGUAAUUGCACUGAAUCCUUUGAGGACAAGAAGCUCUGAUGGUGCAUGACAAAUCUGAGCCUGCACUCGUUUCUACCUCCAAAAUCCUAUCACAAAUGCUUUUGCACACCAGAACAACCACUUCAUUCUUCUCUUCCUCGUCUUCCAACAUGUGCAUUUCACAGGGCUGCUCACUAAAUGUAAAUAUGUGUGUGACACUAGUCAGGGUGUCCUGUGCUACGUAUCGAAGGUUAUUUUGAAUUAAAAUUUUGCAAGUGAAUAUAUUUUAUUUCUGCUUAGUGCCACAGAAAUCUACACACUGUACCUGUAAACGUAGUUUCAAGGAUUCAGUUUUUUUUUCUUCCUUUCUUAUUUUAUACUCUGUGGACAAGCUUUCUGGGUGAUGUUGCUAUCUUCAGGGUCAUGGUUAUAAUGCGCAGGACUGCUGAGUUAAAAACUGAACAACAAGACUCUUAAAAAAAAAAAAAAGGCAAUCCCUUUUUUUGACCAGCAUUUUCAUUAGUGCUUCAUAAAAGUCAAAACAAUUCCAUUCAAAUCUAGUUUUCCCAUCGUAGCUUAAUGGAAUUGGGAAAUUGAAGAGUGGUGACAUCUAUAUUGACCAAAUCUAUACUAUCAGCUGACCCCCCCUUGAAGUCUUUUUGGGCUCAACAUUAAGUGGCUCUCAGCUCUCAAAACACCGUUAUCAACUCAUUUGACAUGUUAUUAACUCCACGUUCUAUACUUUCAUUUCAGCAUACCCAGCACAUGGAUUUCCUCCUAAUAGCAAUUACUCUACCCAGGGGUCCUGGUAUAACUACCCAGCAAAUGGGUAUGCUGGCGGCUAUUCAGCGUACCCAGGAGCCGGUGGUUAUUGGAGUAAUGCAAAUGGUCCCCCAAGUCAUUCUAACAUGUCGACAAACCCUCAAUCUUCUCAGGCAAUGGUUCAGUAUCCGGUGUGUCCUAGGAAACCACAUCCUUACCUCGUCCAGGUAACUCUGAAAGAUGACGCUUGCCAUGUUUGAUUGUGUUCAGCAAUAAUACACAGAUAUUUUAUUAUCUUAUUAAGACAGUAUCAUGCUAAAAUGUUUACAAUGCCACAGGUUAAAUCUUAUCAGCCUCCAGAAUUCUUAUACAGCAGGCAGCAUUGGUCUGGCAUUACUAAUCAUCUGACACAUCAACAAUCAGCUGAUAUUUAUUGGUUUAAACCUAAUCGUUUAUAUAAACCCAAACUAAAAUGUUAUUAAAACAGUCAGGCUGGAGGCCAUUAAGGAGGUCUAUGUCUUAAAACCUGCUGCCAGCGUCAGUGCAUUUCUGUUGGUUUUGCUCCACUCAAGGAUCCUGGCAGCAGCGAGAAAGUGGAGGCCGAAGGAUCUCCAAUCACAACGCCAGAGUCGGGAAGUCCCAAACGUCAUUUCCAGGAGGGAGCCAAAGAGGAACAGGUUAGCUGAGGACUCGAGCGAUAAUUGUAUUGAAGAAUAAUUCUGACUAUUUUAUCAUGAAUACAUGUUUUCAUCAAUCGGUUCGGAGUCCACUGUCUGGACAUUAACAUCUCUUCCAUCACUGAUCAAUUUAAGUGUUAAAUUUCUGAAAAUCAAUUCCAGUUUACCCAGAAUUAGUCCUUUUUUUUAUUUCAGCUUUCACGUCCAAUUUUUGAUGGUUGACAGCUUAAGUAGUCAGUUGAAUUAAUCACAUUACACUGGUUCGAAGAUAGUUAACGCUCACACAAAGUCAAGUACUGUUUGGUGCCACAGGCAUGGAUCGAAGCUGCGUCACUGAGUGAUAAUGUUCGACAACAAUUAUUCCACGAAGGACUCCAUACCGAUAUUAACUGACAUGCUUAAUGAGAACCCACUACUUGUCUUCAUCUGACACGGCUUGACUCCACUCAGAAAUUAGCUGCAGUAAAACAGAUUUGUAAGGCUCACAGUUAAAAGCGUUUUAUAGAAAUUUCCGAGAACGAGGUUUACAUCAGUCCAGAUUUCUAAAUAAGCUACUCUUUACACUAUUUAUGUAGCAAAUAGGUUCAUAGUAAUAAUGUUGAUUCUCAAAGCAACCGUUAAUUUGAGCUUUAGGUAUUGUGAUAGUCUUCAUAGAGGCCUUCAAGUGUUUUACUGAAGGAUGAAACUUAAUAUGCUUUGCACUCUUGUGUAGUCUGCCAGCAGUUCUCCAGAGGGUCCUGCUCAUCAAGAGUCUGCGCCUCCUGCUGCCGGUGUUGGACAGACUAAAGUAAUAGAAAGGUCUGUGAACUGAACACAUUCUUUUCUCAUAUGAUAUUCUUUAUUAAAAUUUUGUGGUCUAGAUAUACAUGAUUUCUUUUUUUUUUUUCCAUACAUUCAGAGUUCUGAUGCCUCCACCGCCGCCUCCCUUCGUGGCUCCCGCCCCUGUCGCACGCAAAAGGCCGAGGGACGCCGUGACCGAAGAUCCAGCCAGUCCACCCAUCAGCGUCGUGUCAACGGGUAUGCACUUUUUGAUUCCUGAAUUUACUGGGAGCCUGAGCGCUCUGCCGUUUGUUCCGUAGAGUUGUCUGUUGCAUAAAAUGGCAUCUCCCCCCCAUGGAGCUAUGGGGGAGGAGUGGAGACCUGUGUGAACCCCUCAGCUGAUGAAACCCACUAACACGCUCUUCUUGUAUAUGUUCUUUGUCUUUCCCUUGUUUUCUCUCUCAACAUGUGUCCCGGACCUGCCUGUUUUGGAUGUGUGCUCUGCUGCCGUUUCAUUUGAUAUCUUCCCUCCCGCCCUGGCUGCGGAUCAACCCAAAACCACCGCUAACAUGGGGGCUCCUCACUGGGUUUCCUUUUUGUUUCUACUCUUUCUACUCCCCCCCUCCCUCUCUCAUUUUGCCUAUCUUCCAUCUUUCUACUUUUCUCUGUCUCUCUGUUUUUAUUGUGCCCUCACAGGUGUUCACAAGGAGGUGCAGGAGAAGAAGCCUAAAGCCGACACAGACGCAUCGGGGUUAGUGCCCUAUGGAGGGGAUUCCUCCGAUGAAGAGGAGGAAAGGACUCGUAGUAGUAAGACAGAUAACUCAUAACCCCUGCCCUGUCCCACCCUCACUACCCGGGAUACCUACAAACCCAAAGUCUCUACACUCAGCACAUCAGACAAGUUCUCAAUCCCGUUAAAAGAAAAAAUCCACCCUUCCACGAUCGUACACUGUUAUUGAACUACACCAGUGUUUUUAACCCCCUCAUUAUUAAUAAUAAUAAUAAUAAUAGAUAAACUGAAAUGUCCACUCCUCUCGAAGCUGACAGGAAGUGAGGUCAGUGAUCUCUGUGUGGUUUCUCUCACACAUUUCUGUAACUUUGUGCACUGAAAUCCAAUUUAGGAACCCAAACACAAUCACCCGCUCUUCACACACUGACGGACUGACAAUCUUAACGCUGCAGUGAAACGACAUUCUGAGUAUUUGUAUUAAACAGGCUGAAGUGAACUAACACCUCUGUUAUGGUCUCAGUUAAUCAGCUGUUUCUGUUUCCCCGGUUUUGGCGAGGAUCUUUUUUUAUGUUUCGGUCUUGUUGUAGGUUUUUUUCUUUUCAUACUUUGUGUAUUUUUUUCAUGGAUCUCAUAAAAUGCCUCACACACACACACAGUGAAUGUGAUUUAGUUUGUUUUAGUUAAAGGUGGGCAUAUUCAAAUACAUGCUAGAUGAAAGAGAAAUUGUAAAUAUAGUCUGAUAGUUAGUUCACUCUCAUUGAGCCUCUAUUUGUACCAUGACAGUCAGCGCUUCACUCCUCAUGGUUAUAGGAAGGAUUGGGGUUUUCUUCACUGUUUUACAGCUGCUGCCUUUACAGAAAGCACUCCUUUUUUUUGUAUAUGGUCUUAUGGUGCACUUAAAACUUCAUAACCAGCUGAGAAUUCAGUUAAAAAAAACACACCAUUAUCAAACAAAAAGCCAGUUUUAACAGUGUGGAGCCGUUAAGGGUGGAUUUUUCCUUUUAAGAUGUGAAUACGAUUGUAUAAUAAAGUUUGUUUCCCUUCAAAAUACUUUUAUUUCAUUUUUUAAAGCACCUUUUGCUUUCCAAAAACAAACCCCUUUUUUUAAUUGAAACACUUGGUCUGCUGCAGGUUCUGAUGAGAUAAAUACAUAUUGUAAAAUUUAGUGAAACCUUUUCUUAUCUUGAAAAAUGGUGUAUGCCUGUUCCCAUGGAAUAUUAUAAUAAAACAGCUGAAAACUA